GCUCCUGCUGCGUCUCCCCCGCGGAGCAAUGCACCAUCUGUUCCGUCCUCCACGGCGUCGUCCACGCUCAGCGUCGCGACUAACAACACGACCACGCCGUCAACGCCCGCAAGCACCUCCCGACGCUCCGGCUUCUUUAGCCGGUUCACGGGCGGUUUGACUGCGUCGGCGUCGUUGAGCCUCAGCUCAAGCAUGACGUCGCUCUCGCUCGAGACCUGUGUCCACGCCGAGCGCGGCUCCGUCGACGAGCUCUACUGGGUCACACUCGACGACCAUCUCACUAGUCUUCGCAAGUCGGCUGGAAAUGACGCAAAAAAGCUUGCACGAGUCUUUAGAUCUAUCCUCGACAAUGAUAGGGCAUCACAUGGCAAUAACCCCGCCGCGAUCAACGCUGUUCCCGAAGAUGAAGUAGUAGAUGAACGGCAGCAACAGGUCAACAAGGCUUUUGUUUCGUCGACUGAGAGAGAUGAUGCGCAGCCAAGCCCCAGCGGAUCUCCUGCGUAG